ACCGAUGGGAACGCGAGUUUCCUGCGGGCGGCCAGAGCUGGCAAUUUGGACAAAGUGUUGGAGUAUCUGAAGGGCAGUAUAGACAUCAACACCAGUAAUGCGAACGGUCUGAACGCCCUUCACUUGGCCUCAAAGGAGGGACACGUGUCGGUCGUCACCGAACUUCUCAAGAGGGGCGCCAAUGUGAACGCAGCCACUAAAAAAGGCAACACUGCUCUGCAUAUUGCAUCCCUGGCCGGCCAGUUAGAAGUGGUCAAAGUGCUGAUCCAGAAUGGGGCCAACGUUAACUUAGAAGUGGUCAAAGUGCUGAUCCAGAAUGGGGCCAACGUUAACGUGCAGUCACUCAACGGCUUUUCGCCGCUAUAUAUGGCCGCCCAGGAGAACCACGACUCGGUGGUCAGGUAUCUGUUGUCGAACGGCGCCAAUCAGAGUCUGGCCACUGAGGACGGGUUCACGCCGCUGGCGGUGGCCCUACAACAGGGUCACGACAAGGUGGUGGCCGUACUGCUCGAGAACGACACCAAAGGCAAAGUGCGAUUACCGGCCCUUCACGUGGCCGCCAAGAAGGACGACUGUAAGGCCGCCGCUCUGCUCCUGCAGAACGACCACAACCCGGACGUGACCUCCAAGUCGGGCUUCACGCCCCUCCACAUCGCUUCCCAUUACGGCAACGAAAACAUUGCGGCCGUCCUUCUCGACAAGAACGCCGACGUGAACUUUGUGGCCAAACACCACAUCACGCCCAUCCACGUGGCGGCCAAGUGGGGCAAAGUGAACAUGGUCGCCCUACUGCUCGAUCGCAAGGCCCACAUCGACGCCGCCACCCGCGACGGACUCACACCCCUUCACUGCGCCGCCCGCAGCGGUCACGAGGCGGUGGUCGACCUAUUGCUCGAGAGGGGAGCGCCCAUCUCAGCCAAGACCAAGAAUGGUUUGGCACCUCUUCAUAUGGCAGCGCAGGGCGAUCACGUCGACAGCGCUCGUAUUCUACUGUUCCAUAAGGCACCUGUAGAUGAUGUAACGGUGCGUUUAUGUGUCUAUUCCCUUAAGGACUACUUGACAGCCCUUCACGUGUCGGCCCAUUGCGGUCACGUAAGAGUCGCUAAACUCUUAUUGGACCGCAAGGCAGACCCCAACGCCCGAGCUUUGAACGGCUUCACGCCGUUGCACAUCGCCUGUAAGAAGAACCGCAUAAAAGUGGUGGAACUCCUACUAAAACACGGCGCCUCCAUCGAGUCGACCACGGAGUCCGGCUUAACACCACUACACGUGGCGGCGUUCAUGGGCUGCAUGAAUAUUGUCAUAUACCUGAUCCAACACCUGGCCAACCCGGAUGUGCCCACUGUCAGAGGCGAGACUCCUCUGCAUUUGGCCGCCAGAGCUAACCAGACGGACAUCAUAAGGAUUUUGCUGAGGAAUGGCGCUCAGGUGGACGCCAAGGCCCGCGAACAACAGACCCCUCUGCACAUCGCGUCACGUCUUGGAAACGUAGACAUCGUUGGACUGCUUCUGCAAAAUGGCGCCGACAUCGACGCCACCACUAAAGACAUGUAUACACCCCUACACAUCGCUGCUAAGGAGGGCCAGGAGGAGGUUGCGGCCGUCCUUCUAGAGCACGGGGCCUCCCUUAAUGCCACCACUAAAAAAGGGUUCACUCCAUUGCAUUUGGCCGCUAAGUACGGAAACAUAAAAGUGGCCCGACUUCUCAUUAGCAAGGAUGCACCGGUAGAUGCACAGGGAAAGAACAACGUGACACCCCUGCACUGUGCGGCCCAUUACGAUCACGUCAAUGUGGCGCUCCUGCUCCUGGAGAAGGGGGCGUCGCCCCACGCGACCGCUAAGAACGGCUACUGUCCCCUCCAUAUCGCCGCCCGUAAGAACCAAAUGGAUAUCGCGACCACUCUUCUCGAAUACGGCGCCAAAGCCAACGCCGAAUCUAAGGCUGGGUUCACGCCAUUGCAUUUGGCGGCACAGGAGGGCCACACGGAUAUGGCGACGCUUUUGAUCGGACAUCAGGCGGACAUCAACGUGAAGGCCAAGAACUCGUUGACUCCUUUGCAUUUGUGCGCUCAGGAGGACAGAGUCAAUGUGGCGACCAUUUUGGCCAGAAAUCGGGUCGAGAUAUCGCCACAAACGAAGGCCGGUUACACACCUCUGCAUGUGGCCUCGCAUUUCGGUCAACUCAAUAUGGUUCGGUUCCUCCUGCAGAACGGAGCUGAUGUGAACGCAACCAAUGCUCACGGAUACACACCUCUACAUCAAGGGGCACAACAGGGACACACAGCUAUCGUGAACACUCUGCUCGAGCAUAAGGCCUCCCCGAACGCCAUCACCAGUCAGGGACAGACAGCCCUGUCGAUCGCCCAGCGCUUGGGCUACAUCUCAGUGGUCGAGACGUUGAAAGUGGUGACCGAAAUGGUCGUGAAGACCACCACAACGACUGUGACGGAGGAGAAGUACAAAGUGGUGGCGCCGGAGACAAUGCACGAGACAUUCAUGAGUGACUCGGAAGAUGAAGGAGGUAUUGAUCGCAUGACUUACUGUUUCACUUCACAUUAG